CUUCGUAGAACACUACCCACCCCGAUGUCCGACGGCGGCGGUGAUCCCGGGGCCGGCGGAUCUGCGCCGGUGUGCAACUUUCUCCGGAAGCCGCCGAAGAAUAAUCGGAAGCGUCCCGCGGUGUCCGCCGGUUACGACGACGAAGACUGUGGCAGCGACGAUGUUUCCGGCGCCAUCGCGGCCGCGCGCUCCAAGAAGCAGCCGUAUACUACCAGCAAGCUCUUCUUCUCCUCCGCCGACAGCUCAUCCGAGCCCCUCCGAUUCCAGUUCGAGUCCUCCAGGACGAUCCAGUCGUCCACCGACAACCGAGCCACCGCGACGCUCGAGACGGGGACGGCGCACGACCGCGACGCGCGUGCCAUCCGCGAGCGGCAGCUCAAGCAGGCCGAGGCAUCCCUCAAGAAGAACACCUCUUCCUCCGGGGAGGUCUACAAGGGGAACAAUGGGUACACGGAUCAUAAGGCCGGAUUCCGGCGGGAGCACACAGUCUCCGAAGAGAAGGCCCGUGGCGCGCACGGCCCACUGCGGGCGUCGGCACACAUACGCGUCUCCACACAGAUCGACUACCAGCCAGACAUCUGCAAGGACUACAAGCUGACGGGGUACUGUGGAUACGGUGAUUCCUGCAAGUUUAUGCACGACAGAGGUGACUACAAGUCCGGGUGGCAGAUCGAGAGGUAUGCGAAUUACAAAUGUCAACCUCAAUUGAGCACAAGUUGAUAAAAGGAGUUUUGGGAGUAUAAUGCAUGUGCGUUCAUGAUCAAUUCUACCACUAAUACCUUUACCAUGCUUUGCAUCAAUCAUUUUCAACAAUUUCUCUUGCAUUUGGUUUCUUUUCAAUCGUGUUGGUGAUAUUUUUUCAUCUUGUGACAAACAUAUUCCCAUUAUCCUGAAUAUCAAUGAUUUAUGCAUUGCAACAAACAUUGUGAAUAAUUUCUAUUUACUAUGAUUUGUGUGAAAUCAUUAGGAUAUAUUGGACAUGACUUGUCAUAAGUGUUCCUAAAUUUUUUUCCAUUGGUGUUGCCUCAGAUAAGAUGAAUAAUUUCUCUUUCAUUUGUUUUGUUGGCAAGUACAAUUGUGCAAAUGAUAUUUUGGUAAACUUUUUGAUGAAUGGGUCUUGUGUUGCCAACAAAUACAAAUGAAAAUUUUCUCUUCUCGAUGGUUUGCUAGCAUAAAUAUUGAUCAUAUUUUGGGCACUCCCUCUUGUGCUCUUGUUAUUUUUUUCUCUUUUUUGCAUCAAAUAAUUUGUUUUCCGAUGUUGCGAGUGCAAUAAUUCUCAUGUUCUUAAACAUGAGAGGGAAAACAUUGCCUUCUCACAUUUUGGAGUUUUUUUGCUUACAUAUUUGGAACAAGACUAAAUAAAUUACGUGCACAUCGACUUUGCAUUUGGAUUAUGCUUAAUAUAUUUUUGUUGUCCUAAUGGUGUUGUGAACAAUAACGGACAUGCCAUUGAUGAUGUGCUCCUCUAUUACGCACACAAACAUUAUGCUUGGUAUUUGCCAUGUGAAGGUACAUAUAAAUACAUGUUAACCCCUAUAGAGCAUGAGUUGAUAAAACCAGAAUUAGAGAGUUACAUCAAUGGGUGGUUUUAACCACACACGUUAA